AUGGAGGAUUGCCUUCAUACCUCAUCAGAAAAUCUUUCAAAACUGGUCAGCUGGGCCCAUAGUCAUGGGACCAUUUGUAGCCUCAUUCCAAAUCUGAAACAUUUGCUUUCUGAAGGUUCCCAUGGCAACCUGACAGCAAUGUGGGGCUGCAGCGCAGGCCACGCUUAUCACUGGCCCCUGACCGCCACUUGUAGGGCCGGCUCCCAGGAGAGGGUCUGUUUCCAGGACAACAGGAGUUUCAAUUCUGAUAGUCCCAGCAUCAUUGGCGUGCCCUCUGAGACGCAGACCAGCCCCGUAGAAAGGUACCCGGGGAGGCCGGUGAAGACGAAGCUGGACUGUAACAGAACGAGAGACUCUUGCGACUUCUCUUACUGUAGCGAGCCUUCGGAGUUGGAUGAAGUUGUAGAAGAGUACGAAGACGAAGCCACUCUUUUUGACAUGGUUUGUGAGUCUUCUGUGACAGAUGAGGACAGUGACUUUGAACACCAGACCCAAAGAUCUCAAAGCAUUUCUCGGAAAAGACCCGGCAUCUGUCCAUCUUCGGUCCUUUCAAGCACCCAGUCGCAGGUCAUCGACGAAAGCAGCAGCGACGUCAUCAUCAAGAAAAUCAAGCAGGAGAUUCCUGAGGAUUAUUACAUUGUGGCAAAUGCCGAGCUCACAGGAGGGGUGGACGGUCCCACACUCUCACUCACACAGAUGGCAAAGCCUAAAGCUCAGGCUCACGCCGGUCCCUCUUAUGUUGGGCCAGCCAAGCCGGCACCCCAUUUAGCCCCAAGUCUCGGCACAGAACUGGACCUCCAGAGUGUCUCUGCCUCUCCGCCCAUCAUCUCCAGACAGACGGUCCAGAAGCCCAUCAAGGUCUCCCUGGCUUCGCCCAAUCGAGGACUUUCCGGUACCCACGGGGCCAGCCAACAGGUGGCCAUUCAGAUGCCCGUGAGCACAUCCAAUUCUAACAAACAGAUUAGCAUUCCUCUGUCUGCUCUGCAGAUCCCAGGACAAGAGGAACAAGUGGCUUCUGAGGAGCUGCUCCCACCUCUGCCCAAUCAGGUCCCAUCCUGUGAGGUAGCCCUGUCACCCCCGCUUAGCACAGAGCCAGAAGUGAGCUCUAGCCAGCAGCAGCCCAUGGCCCUUCCCACCAUCACCACGGAAGCCACAGCACAAACCGUACCAGACCAGGAUGAAAAAGCAGCUGAUCUCAGCAGGGAACAGAAUGAAAAGACUAUCCGAAGUACUCAGACCGCUCUCCGCAAUUUCCGGGAGUUCCUCAUCUCUAAAUAUCCUUCCGAAACGAGGGAAAUUUAUGUCAUCCCUUGCAAGGAACUGGACGACUACCUCGCCUCUUUCUUUGUGGACGCCAGGCAGAAAGACGGCUCCGAGUACGAGCCGAACAGCUUGGCGAAUUACCAGUGCGGUUUGGAGAGGUAUCUCAAAGAGCAUCGGUAUGGCUAUAGCAUCACGAGAGAUAAGGAAUUCAAGAGGUCCCAAGAGGCCCUGAAGCAAAAGCAGAUAGAGCUGCGGUGUAAGGGCAAAGGGAACAAACCCCACAAAUCCAUGAAGCUCACCUUUGCCGACGAACUCAUCCUACGCAAAAGGGGAUUGCUGAGCCGCUACAACCCCGAAGGGCUGCUCAACCUCGUCUGGCUCAACAAUACGAAAGCUUUCGGACAUUGUACGGGCUUCCACGGAUCCACCCUGAAAUGGGGGGACAUCCGGCUGCGGGUGACGGAGACCGGCUUAGAAUAUUUGGAGUGGAUGGGCCAGGACACCGGCGACCUGAACACCAAAACCAAGCGAGGAGGCACCGAUUCCAGAGUGUUCGCCACCCAGCACGCGCCCCAGACCUGCCCUGUGCAGGACUACAAAGAGUACGCCCAGCGGCGGCCCCCCGCCAUGCGCUACGAGGACGCCCCGUUUUAUUUGUCCAUCAAGCCCGUGGUGAACCUGGCUGCGCUCCACUGGUACAACUGCCAGGCCCUGGGCAAGAACAAGCUGGCCAAGAUGGUGAAAACCAUGUGCGAGAAAGGCAACAUCCCCGGCAGGAAGACCAACUUCAGUGUGUAUCAGAGUUGCAGCACCCUCUCGGAAGCCCAGAGCAACCAGCUGGUGCUGAUCUGCAACAACCUAAGCCAGCAGGCGGCCCAGUCCAUGGCUAGCCACUCCAGCAGCGGCAAUUUCAUAGUCUCGGCCUCGUAUGAUUCUUCCUCAGACACCACUUGACCGCUUCAGGGGCUUAAGUGGGACCAUUUUGAGAGUUCAGACUUGAUUUUUUUGUGCCCAAUAACACACAUCAACUGUGAUUUUUUGUC